UUCACUCACAAUCCAGCACUCACCAACCGUAUCAAAUGGUGGUAAUUACAGCAAAGAGUUUUGCCAAUAGCUUUUGGGGUAGAGACGAUGUUGGCUUUGAGGUGCUCACAAGCAAAAUGAGCAAUGGAAAGAAAACUUGCGAAGAGCUAAGAGCUUUUUAUAAUGUGAAAGCAACCUUACAUGACGAUCUGGGUCGGAAGUUACUGAAGCAUGUACGCAUGGGCAUAGGUAGAGAUGAGACAGGUACCCUCAAAGACCUAUUGGAGACAUCCCGGAAAGAAAUCGAACUAAACGCACAGGCCAACAUCGAUAUGGCAACCAAGAUACGGAACAGCCUAGAAGUUCCUUUAGAGAAUUUUAUGCUCGAGCAAAAGGACAAAAGAAAGUUGGUACAAACCACGGUGGAUAAAGCACACCGAAAUAAGCAGUUACACGCCGCAUACGUUAUGAAGGCUAAAGAAAAAUAUGAUUCUGAAUGUGGUAAACAUGCCAAUCUUGAGUCUCAGUUGGCUUCGACUUCAUCGCGGGAUGCUGACAGGCUCAGGCUGAAGAUAGAGCGUUGCAAGGCUGAAGUCGACACAUUGGACAACGAAUAUCAAUCAGCCUGCCUUAAAUUGACUGAAGCCACAGCUAUAUGGAAUGCUGAAUGGAAAAUAGCAUGCGAUAGAUAUCAGGAGAUGGAAGAAAUGCGAAUAGAGUUUCUUCGUGAAAGCUUUAUGACUUAUGUCAACAUCGUAUCAGGUUUAUCUGUGGAUGAAAGAGAGUCUCUAGAGCGAAUUACGAACUGUGUUGGAAGAACAGAUAUCACACAAGAUAUUGAUGCAUUCAUAGACGAACAAGGAACGGGACCAAUGAUUCCUGAACCUCCCGUAUAUACAAACUUCUUCGCUGAUAAACCAGAGCCAAUACCAAAAUACCAAAUCGCUAAGUUUGCACCAAUAACAGUGCCCGACAAUACCAAGUUCAAUGAUACCAGAAAUAGUUUUUCUCAGUACUCCGAGCAAGUUCCUGCCGUGCCGCCUAAGUCACCACGAGAGCCUGCAAUCAAAUCUCCCAUUGCUAAGAUGAUCAAGGAUGAUAAAGCAACUGAGAAAUUACUUCAACGACGAGCCAACCUUUACUCAAGUACGGACAAAACUAUGCCAAAGACUACGCCUACACCUCCACCUCCACCUUCAAAGUCAAAAUCAAAAUCAAAAAAGUCGAUACCUAUCAUCAAUCUUCCCGGGGACGAAAGUUUAAGUGAUGAUAACGAUGAUCAUAAUGUCGAUCCGAGAGCGAAUAUCUUGGUCAACUUAGGAGGCAAUGUUUUUGAGAUCGAUAACACAGAAGGUGACGAUUCAUCAUUGGAUACUUUAACAGCAGCUCAAGAGAGGCGGACAAAACGGCGUGCACCUCAAAGCCAAAAAUUGGAUGAAGCCUUUGACGCCUCAAUCAGUGACUUACUUCAAGAACUAGGAGUUCAUGAAAAGAAACGUACCUCGCCUGACCAUGAAAAGAACGUGACAGCUUUGUCCGAAGCUCAUGACCCUGUACAGUAUGAGGCAGAGCAUCAAUCCCACCAAAUAGGGUAUGAACAAUAUCAGCCCGGCCCGGUGCCAUCACACACUACUUCAAAUAUUUAUCACCCAGAACAGCACUAUUCUCAAGGAUAUGAACCUCAUCAAACUGCAUACUACACUAAUUAUUCGCAGGAAGUCCCAUAUACAAAUUAUGAACAAAUGUAUUCGCAACAAGCUAAUAACUUCAACUACUAUGACACUGGCACCAUACAAGAUCCUUCAUACUAUCCUUCAUCGACACAUUACACCACCACCACCACCACCACCGUUGAUCCUCAUGUUGCCUACGCCUACCCCCAAUCACCCUACACAAAUGAAACAGCGGAACAUCAGACACCGAGGCAUUACUCGGCACAGCAGUGGACCACCCAACCGGAUUAUAAUACAUCUCCAUACUAUCAUGGAUAGAAAAAUGCAGAGUUUGCGAUAAAUAACUGUUUUUCGUAUGUAAUAUUUCUAUUGUAGAUGAUCGAUUACAAAGAGAAUGAAAUGGUGAAA